AUGCGGGGAGAUAAACAUGACGGAUCCCCCACGUCCAGCGGCACAUUAAACGACGAAGAGCCACCCAACAGCCGAAAUAAGACGACUACAACUCCCGAAAGGUCUGUAGCUUCUUCCAUUGUUAGCAAAGCUUCGAAAUCGCCGCAAUACUGCUCGCCUGCCUAUUACAACUCCAGAAUCAUCCCGACGACCGUGCCUACGCUCGAAUCACAGGCAAUCAUGCCCGACAGACAGAUCCAGCUCGUCCGCCUCGCGCACGUCUUUUACAAGCACAAGAACAUCGAGGCCGCCCGAAAGUUCUACGACGACUUUGGUUUCUUCGAGUUUGAGCGCACGGGAAACAGAACCUACUAUCGUGGCUACGGCGCAGAGCCGUUUGUGAUAUGCGCCAUCGAGGCGGCUGAGGAUGAGUUCGGAGGUCCGGCGUUCGUUGUCGAGUCGAUGGCGGACCUCGAGCAAGCCUCCAAAACGCUACCAGACGCGACAGAAAUCUACGACCUCAAGGACGUGCCGGGGGGCGGUAAAUGUGUCAGCUUCAAGGACCCGGUCGACGGCUGGUCGCUCCACCUCGUCUACGGCCAGACACCCGUUGAGAGAGCCGACCCGGGGUUUCCUAACCUCAAGUUCAACUUUCCGACAGAGAAGCACCGCGAGGUCAACCACAAGCAGCGCUUCACGAAGCGCCCGGCGCCGGUGCACAAGCUCGGCCAUUUCGGUGUCUGCCUGACCAACUUUGACAAGGCGUACGAGUUCUACACCAGCCACUUCAACCUCUACCCCAGCGAGCUCGUCCACGCGCCGGACAAUAAGGACAAGAAGGUGACGGUCUUCUUCCGCCUCGCGCGCGGUAAGGAAUUCGUCGACCACCACUGCUUCUUCUUCUUCGAGGGCCCCAAGUUUCACGUGCACCAUUCGUCGUUUGAGACGCACGACUUCGACACGCAGGUGCUUGGGCACGACUGGUUGAGAGAGCAGGGCCACAAGAGCUGCUGGGGCGUGGGCCGGCACAUCAUGGGCAGCCAGAUCUUCGACUACUGGUUCGACCCCUCGGGCUUUAUCAUGGAGCACUACGUCGAUGGCGACCUGCUCGACGAUACGGAGGAGACGCACCACAACCCGGCAUCGCCGGACAAUCUCCACAUCUGGGGGCCUGAGGUGCCGGCCGACUUUUUGCAGUGA